AUGUCGUUCGCUAACAUCUACACCCACCGAAAGGUAGCUGAGAAUGCCGCCAAGGGAUGUGACGUAUGCUAUCGAGCUACGAGUAGCGUUCUUGUUGCCGACGAGAAGAAGGUAGACGAUACGCUUACUGUGAUGCCCAACGUUGACGACGACUUCUUCUACGUCUGCCCGAGCCAUUUGAAGGACAAGAAUUUCUGCUCCCCGAUCAUUGACAAAGAGGCGGUCGAAGCAAAGAAGAAGAAGGAGAUUGAAGACGAAAUUGAGCGGGUCAAGAAGGAAUACGAAGAGAAGCAGAAGAAGAAGGAGAAGGACGAGAAGGACAAGAACACGGACAAGGAGAAAGACAAGGAGAAGGAGAAAGAGAAAGACAAGGACGAAAAGAAGGCUGACGAUGAGAAGAAGGAUGACGACAGCAAGGCUGCCGAAAAGGACGGUGCCGGCACGGAAACUCCAUCCACGGAAGAAGAGCCCCGAGUAUUCGCGCUCCACAAGUAG